UAUUUUUCAAACACAAACUAAUCAACCAAUCUUCUCGCCCUUACUUCUCAUAUAACCCACACUUUCUCUCUCCCAAUAUCACACAAGCAAAAAUGAUGGAAAUCUAAGAGAUAAACCAUCCAGACAGCAAUUAUGAAGAACAACAAUAUGAAGUUUCAAACCCUGUUGUUGUUGUUUUUGUUCUACUGUUACAUUGGUUAUGCUAAGGUAACUGAGAAAGCUGUCUUGACUGAUCAAGUAUCGGUUCUACUAUCGAUAAAAGUAGGGCUCAUCGACCCCUUUAAUCAGCUUCAAGAUUGGGAACUGCCAAAGAAUGGGUUGGGGAACAAUUCAAUUCCCUGUAAUUGGAAAGGGGUGUGGUGCAACUCCAAUGGUGCUGUCUGGAAGCUCGAUCUCUCCCACAUGAAUCUCAAUGGCACCAUAUCGGAUGACAUCCAACAGUUGCAGAGUCUCACUUCUCUCAACUUAUGCUGCAAUGGGUUCUCGUCAUCAUUGCCACAAUCUAUAACCAAUCUUGCUGCACUGAAGAGCCUUGAUGUGAGCCAAAAUUCCUUUGUCAAUAGCUUUCCAAUGGGUCUCGGAAGGGCAACUGGGCUAACGACAUUAAAUGCUUCGAGCAACAACUUCUCAGGUUAUCUCCCUGAGGAUCUUGGAAAUGCAACUUUGCUUGAAAGCCUAGAUGUCAGAGGGAACUUCUUCCAAGGUUCAAUUCCGAAAUUCUUCAAGAACUUGGGGAAGUUGAAGUAUCUUGGCCUUGCUGGGAAUAAUUUCACAGGCCGAAUACCCCCAGAGCUUGGUCAACUUUCAUCACUUGAGACUAUAAUUCUCGGGUACAAUGAAUUCGAAGGUGGAAUCCCAGCUGAACUUGGAAAUCUCACCAAUCUCAAGUAUCUUGACUUGGCCGUCGGCAGUCUUGGCGGCUCAAUUCCUGCUGAAUUGGGGAGACUAAGACAACUAAAUACUGUUUUCUUGUAUAAGAACAAUUUUGAAGGCAAGAUACCAGCUGCGAUCAGUAAUAUUACCUCGUUACAGUGGUUGGAUCUUUCUGAUAAUUUGUUAUCAGGAGAGAUUCCACCUGAGAUAGCUCAGUUGAAGAACUUGCAGCUCUUGAAUCUGAUGUGCAACAAGUUGUCAGGUCCAGUUCCUUCUGGACUAGGAGGGUUGACUCAACUGGAAGUGCUUGAGCUAUGGAACAAUUCCUUGUCAGGUCCUCUGCCGAGUGAUCUUGGCCAUAAUUCACCAUUGCGGUGGUUGGAUAUAUCGUCAAAUUCGUUCUCUGGUGAAAUUCCUGCCAGCUUGUGCAAUUCAGGUAACCUCACAAAGCUCAUCCUUUUCAACAAUGCUUUAUCUGGUCCAAUUCCUACGGGGUUGUCAAAAUGUACGUCCCUAGUUCGUGUUCGUAUACAGAAUAAUAUUCUUUCCGGGACAAUCCCAGUAGGGUUUGGCAAACUUGGGAAGCUUCAGAGGCUGGAACUAGCGAAUAAUAGCCUCACUGGCCAAAUCCCAGAUGACAUUGCUUCUUCUACAUCACUCUUAUUCAUUGAUUUCUCUCGGAAUCACCUCCAAUCCUCUCUACCUUCCUCCAUUCUGUCCAUUCCAAAUCUACAAAACUUCAUGGCCUCAAAUAAUGAAUUAGAAGGUGAAAUCCCAGAUCAGUUCCAGGACUAUCCAUCACUUUCAGUGCUGGAUCUCUCAUCAAAUCAUUUCACUGGAAGCAUUCCGGAAAGUAUUGCUUCCAGCGAAAAAUUGGUAAAUUUGAAUCUUCGAAACAAUCAGUUAACUGGGCUAAUCCCAAGCACAAUAGCAACGAUGCCCACGUUAUCUGUUCUCGAUCUAUCAAACAAUUCUCUUACUGGUGGGAUCCCUGAAAAUUUUGGUAACUCUCCAGCCUUAGAAAUGCUAAAUGUCUCUCACAACAAGCUAGAGGGGCCUGUGCCUGAUAAUGGUGUACUUAGAACAAUAAAUCUAGAUGAUCUUGCUGGUAAUGUCGGUCUCUGUGGUAGCGUGCUCCCUCCAUGCUCUCAAAAUUCAGCAUACACAUCAAGGCAGAAGAGCUUGCAUGCAAAACACAUUAUUGCUGGUUGGGUCAUUGGAAUUUCAUCACUUUUGGCUAUUGUGAUGGCAGUUUUUGGUGCUCAGUCUCUAUACAAAAGGUGGUAUUUAAAUGGAACUUGUUUCGAACAAAGAUUCAAAUUGGGCAAAGGAGAGUGGCCUUGGAGAUUAAUGGCAUUCCAGAGGCUUGGAUUCACGAGUAAUGACAUUCUAGCCUGCAUCAAAGAAUCGAAUGUGAUCGGAAUGGGAGCAACAGGGAUCGUUUACAAGGCAGAGAUGCAACGAUUGAAUACAAUUGUGGCAGUUAAGAAGUUGUGGAGUUCAACGAAUGAUAUUGAAAUGGGAAGCAGUGAUGAUCUCGUGGGGGAGGUGAAUCUCUUGGGGAGGUUAAGGCAUCGAAAUAUAGUAAGGUUAUUAGGAUUUCUACAUAAUGAUAUCGAUGCAAUGAUACUUUAUGAGUAUAUGCAGAAUGGAAGCCUAGGAGAAACUUUACAUGGCAAACAAGCAGAGAGGUUGCUGGUAGACUGGGUCUCGCGAUACAACAUAGCAGUUGGAGUUGCGCAAGGGCUCGCUUACCUCCACCAUGACUGUCAUCCUCCAAUCAUCCACCGGGAUGUCAAGUCAAACAACAUACUGCUUGAUGCGAACCUUGAGGCCAGGAUUGCUGAUUUUGGGUUGGCAAGGAUGAUGCUUAAGAGGGAUGAGACAGUCUCAAUGGUUGCUGGAUCCUACGGAUACAUCGCUCCUGAGUACGGAUAUAUGCUGAAGGUUGAUGAAAAAAGUGAUAUCUACAGCUAUGGAGUUGUUCUGAUGGAGCUUUUAUCAGGAAAACGGCCAUUAGAUCCUGAGUUUGGAGAGUCAAUUGACAUUGUCGAAUGGAUUAGAAAAAAGAUUAGAGAUAACAGGUCUUUAGAAGAAGCACUAGACCCCACUAUAGGAAAUUGCAGAUAUGUCCAAGAAGAAAUGCUCUUAGUCUUGCGGAUAGCAAUUCUCUGUACGGCCAAACUCCCCAAGGACAGACCCCACAUGAGGGAUGUUAUAACAAUGCUUGGAGAAGCAAAGCCUCGGAGGAAAAGCAGCAGCAGCAGUGGCGGAGAUGUUGCUAACAAAGAUAAGCCAAUCUUUAGCACAUCGCCUGUAAAUGUUCUUCUGUAACAACAGAAUCAAGUUCAUCCAAGGCAUCCUGUUUAAUUCUUCCUUUGUAUGUAAAAGUUUCUUUGUUGAAUUUGUAAUCACUUGUUCGACUUGGACCUAUCUAGCCGUUUACCUGUAACCUUUCACUAUUUUUUGUCAUAAGCAACUAAGAUUACACAAUCUUGUUGUACCCAAUAUUAGAAUAACAAAUUUGUUAUUUC